CCUGGUCCCGCCUCUCCUGCCCCUUGUGCUCCGCACUACCUGCCGCCGGGCCACAUCCCGAGCUGGAAGGCGGGUGCGCGGGUGGCUAGCGGGCACCAUGCGGGGAGGCUGCCAAGGAUCGUGGGCAGCGCUGCUCUCUGCUGCCCACCUGACGCUGUGACAAGACGCUCGCUGCCACCAUGUUCCCCAGCCCUGCGCUCACGCCCACGCCGUUUUCGGUCAAAGACAUCUUGAACCUGGAGCAGCAGCAGCGCAGCCUGGCCGCGGGGGAGCUCUCCGCGCGCCUGGAGGCCACCCUGGCACCCGCCUCCUGCAUGCUGGCCGCCUUCAAGCCCGAGGCCUACGCGGGGCCGGAGGUCGCAGCUCCCGGCCUCUCUGAGCUGCGCACAGAGCUGGGCCCCGCACCGUCGCCUGCCAAGUGCUCGCCUGCCUUCCCUGCCACCCCCGCCUUCUAUCCGCGUGCCUAUGGCGACCCUGACCCAGCCAAGGACCCUCGAGCCGAUAAGAAAGAACUGUGCGCGCUGCAAACGGCGGUGGAGCUGGAGAAGUCGGAGGCUGACAGCGCCGAGCGACCCCGCGCGCGAAGGCGGAGGAAACCGCGCGUGCUGUUCUCGCAGGCGCAAGUCUACGAGCUGGAGCGGCGCUUCAAGCAGCAGCGCUACCUGUCCGCUCCCGAGCGUGACCAGCUUGCCAGCGUGCUGAAGCUCACGUCCACACAGGUCAAAAUCUGGUUCCAGAACCGUCGCUACAAGUGCAAGCGACAGCGGCAGGACCAGACUCUGGAGCUGGUGGGACUGCCCCCGCCGCCCCCGCCGCCCGCGCGCCGGAUCGCGGUGCCGGUGCUGGUGCGCGACGGCAAGCCCUGCCUCGGGGACUCGGCGCCCUAUGCGCCUGCCUACGGCGUGGGCCUGAACGCCUAUGGCUAUAACGCCUACCCCGCUUACCCAGGUUACGGCGGCGCGGCCUGCAGUCCCGGCUACAGCUGCGCGGCCGCUUACCCGGCCGCGCCACCCCCCGCGCAGACGGCUUCGGCCGCUGCCAACAACAACUUCGUGAACUUCGGCAUUGGGGACUUGAACGCGGUGCAGAGCCCUGGGAUUGCGCAGGGCAACUCCGGAGUGUCCACGCUGCAUGGCAUCCGAGCCUGGUAG